UGCAAUUCAUGGGCCACAUGUUCAGGAUCGUAGCCAAGAAUUACUUCCCUUACUUCAAAUAUGACAGAGUCACCGAGUUGCCCGGCACCCUGGUCACCCCCAAAGACUCCCUCGGCACGCGCAUUACGAACACCGUGGCACAACACCUCAAUUUCACGUUUGAGGUGCGGGAGCCUUGGGACAACCAGUGGGGUCUACCAGCGGGCGGCGGCAAUUGGACUGGCAUUGUGGGCGAGCUACUGUACGAAAAGGCGGACUUUUGCAUGGACCUGACGCUGACGCCGCAGAGAGCCGAGGUGGUGCAGUACUCAAGGGUGUUCAUCGAUGAGUCUGUUGUGGUGCUCUCUUCAAAACCUCGGCCUCUGCCUGAGUACUUGUCUCUGGUCAGGCCACUUGACGGGCUGGUGUGGCUGGGCGUGGUAGUGAGCGUGAUGGUGUGGAGCGCUGUGCUGUGGCUGCUGCAGAGACUCCGCCAUUGGAGGCUUGGAGGACGCCGCGUGAGCUUGUCCACGUCUGUGUUCUACGGGUGGGGCUUGCUGCUGGAAGACAUCCCCUAUGACCCCCCCACCAACCCCACGGGGCAGGUGAUGGUGAUGCUGUGGCUGAUAGUGUGCUUCGUGCUGUCCUCAGCCUACAGGUCGUCCCUCAUCUCUCACCUGGUGGUGCAGGGAAAGUCAGCGGUCAUUAACACCUUCGAGGACUUGGUGGAGCGAGGCGAGAGCGAUGGGUGGACGUGGGGCACACCGAGGAUGACGGGGGCAUUGAAGACAGUCCUCAGCACUAGUCCUGAUGAAACUAUGCAGAUGGUGUACGGGAAGAUGACAGCAGUUCCUUUCGACGAUGGCAUGGAGAGGGUGCUGGAGGGAGGUUUUUCCUUCAUAUACAGUUACUACUACAGUAGAUCCCGAGUAGCUACAGAUUUCACCAAUGAGAAAGGCUACACUCCCAUUCAUAUCAGCGCCACCAAGUACCCGCUCUUUGCUGGCAACGCUCGUGUUUUUCGCCCCGGCGCACCGUUCUUCCGCCGCAUCAGCAUGGCCACCCAGCACCUUAUAGAGAGCGGCCUGAUCACCUUCUGGAUGGACGACGUGAUCAGCCUGUACGUGCGGGAGGAGAGGCGGAGGAAGGUGAAGGGAAGCGUCGCCCAACAGCAGACAUUGUUCACCUCGGGUGACGACGGCGAGGUGGUGCUGGGUCUGGAUCACCUACAGGUCACCUACUACAUGUUGUUCAUUGGUCACGCCACCGCCUCCCUCUCCUUCGUGGUGGAGUGUCUGUCGCGCACCACCACAAAUUAACAACACGUAUUUAGAAAUGCCUUGCUUAAUCACCAUGACCAUUUUCCAAAAACCACAGAGACUGCUAGCCAGAUUUUCAAGACAGUUUCUUCUUAUGAUAAACUAGAAAUCUUGCCAAUUCAUUACCAGAUGCAUAAAAUUUCCCUUAAAACUAUGAGUAUCUUCAACUAGAGCCUUUGGAAAGUAGUGAUGGUGAGAGAGCAAAGCGUUUCAGAAUAAGGUCCGUCACUUCUGCGCUGCACUUUCACUAUUUUCAAAGGGCUCUAGUUGAAGUGAGAUGUGUUUUUAAGGAUGUUUCUGUGAUUCUAGUGACAUGCUAAAAAGUUUUCUACAUUACUAACAGGACGAAUAGUCUUUAGUUUAGAACUCGGCUAAUUGUCUCAGUGAUCUUUUGAAAAUGAUCGCGGUGAGAGAGGGAAACGUUUCUGAAUAGGGCGCUCUCUGAUUGGCACUGUUUCCCGGAAAGCACUUGUCUUGUGAUGAUGUUGGUGCAUCACGAUAAAAACUGACUGACUGGCUGGCUGGCUGGCUGGCUGACUGACUGACUGGCUGACUGACUGGUUGGCUGGCUGGCUGACUGACUGACUGACUGACUGA